CAACGGAGAUAAAAUAAAGGUCGGCAGCCGUCUUCUUCUUCCUCCGGCCCGUCGUCUCCCGAUCUGCUGCUCUGCUCUUGGCUUCUCCGAAUCUACUACUGCUAUUCUGCUGCUCGACCAGCGAGAUGACGGUGGAGAAGGUGGAUGCGACGGUGGCCGACUUCGGCGCGCACUUCGAGCGCCUCUUCGCGUCCCCCGAGGCGGCCGCCGACGGCAAGGUGAGGCUGCUACUCUUCCUGGCGGACCGCGAGCCCGGCUCCUCCCUCACCUGGUGCCCCGACUGCAACGUGGCGGAGCCGGUGAUCUACGAGCGGCUGGAGGCCCUGCCGCCGGGCCGGGACGCGGUGCUCCUGCGCGCCUACGUCGGGGACAAGCCCGCGUGGCGCGACCCGGCGCACCCCUGGAGGGUGGACCCCAGGUUCGCGCUCCGGGUCGUCCCGACGCUGAUCCGCUGGGAGGGCGGCGCCGCCGCCGCCCGCCUCGGGGACGACGAGGCCCACCUCAAGGACAAGGUCGACGCACUCCUCGGACUCGGCGCCGGCGGCAACUGACGGAUCAUCAGGCUCGCCAACGGGAUCAGUUCAUGUAUGAGGAACUCGCAGGCUGGGAAAUAAUAAUCAAGAUGUAAUAAUAUGAUUCUACGAGUGAUUUUCCGAUUGAUGAGCUGGAUUGCUCCAUGAUCCUCAGGAUAUGAAUUCAGCCAAAAACUGGCAAAGAGUGUAUGAUGAAUUUGUAGAAACUGAAGUCAAAAGCUGACAAAGGAUUGCUCCACAAUCCUCACGAUGAUUUCCAAGU